UCUCGAAGCGGUGAGUGCAUUUCGCUGACCUUUCUCUAGUUCAAAAGGUGUCUGCUUGGUAGUAACAAGACUGAUAAGACUGGAGUAGAAGGAUCCUGUGACGAAGCCUGUUCUAAAAAGAAAGCAGCUCAUAUGGCGAUCGUCGGAAGCAUGUUGCAAGCGUUAUUGGUUUUAAUUUUUAUCGCUACAUCCCCUAUCUACGGCGGACCGGAAGAGGAAGAAGGCGUAAAGUAUGCUGAUCGCUGCGAAGCGUGCAAAAUACUCGCUACGGAACUGCAAGCCCGGCUCACCGAAACCGGCAAAUCACACGACGUCAUAGAGCUCGGGUACUCCGUGGACGAUGUGAAGCCCAAAAAGCGCACCGAGUACCGGCGCAGUGAGCUUCGUUUGCUGGAAACAUUGGAGAACGUGUGCGAGCGAAUCCUGCAGUACAACAUUCACAAGGAGCGCAAGGACAGUACCCGUUUCGCCAAAGGGAUGUCGCAGACAUUCCAAACCCUGCACGGACUCGUCGAUAAGGGUGUUAAGGUGGACCUUGGCAUCCCAUACGAGCUGUGGGACAAACCGUCGGCCGAAAUCACCCAGAUGAAAACGCAGUGCGAAACGCUGAUCGAAGGCUACGAGGAUGUCAUCGAGAAAUGGUACUUUGAAAAGCAGGAUCAAAAACCCUUGAUCGAGUACCUGUGCGUGGACAAUGUGCUGCGAAACAAAAAUCAUCAGUGUCUCUAUGAGGAGCUGGAUGAUGCGAAAAAGAAGACCAAAAACAAGAAGGCCAAAGCAGCUAAGGAGGAACUGUGAAGUCGUUAGCCAGCCGGGCAUGGUUUGAUAACCACGUAAUCACGGACGAAUCAAACCGAGCUUUGUGAACAAAUUCAUACACCAUUGCAUCGAAAUAAUGACGUUGGCGAUCAGUACUGCCAUUUACGUGUAAAUUACGAAAAAAGUAAGGGUUAAUGUGAUAAUAAAGCGAUCGUUUAAA